AUGAUAUCCAUGCGAUCGGCAACCUGGACCGUCGCCAUUGUCGAGCUGGUCAUGUCCUGCGUUACCAUCGUAUCUUCGUUGGCCAUCGUGUCGGCAGAGUUUAAUUCGGUUACCAUGAAUGGAAACCCUUUUAAACCAAGGUACGUAUCAUUUUAAACCUUACUUUAUUUAAUACUUUUGUCAAUUAUAUUGCGAACUUCUUUUCUUUGAUAAUGCCUCAUCAGAUUAGCAGUUGUCCAAGUAGAAAAAUUACAAAAUAAAGUGAUAAAUUGAUAUCACAAACAAAAUUUUCUGCAUAUAAAUGUACUUUAAUACAAUAAUAACAUGUUUACAGUAUGCCAGCAGUUGGAGCCUGUAUUUUAAGUUUCUGUUUGGUCAUAACUAUUGUUUGGGCGAUGUUUGGCCUUUCUGGCCAAAAACCAGGCAUGCUCUUACCCCACAUUGUAUGUUCAGUAAGUUAAAAAGUGUAUUCAUGCUAACAAAAAGACUCUAUAUUAAUGGCAAAACCAUUAAACUUAGUUUAAAACUAAAGUGUAAUGGAAAACCUAACAUUUAAAUAAACUCUAUUCACUUUCGAACAAACUAGCAACAAUAAACAAAACGAUUAGUGAUGAAUGACCAACUUCAGGUGUUGGUCCUCGUUUUUCACGGGAUUUUGAGCACCUUCUGGCUCCGGGAGUGGUUUCGGUUCGAGAAGGCGGUGAACGGAGACUGGCUCAUCUCUCUGGUGGUCAGCUUCCUCUUCCAGUGCGCAAUGUUGUCCGCCAUCCUCGUCGAGUUCCGUUGUUAUCGUCGCAUGGAUUGA